AUGAACAGCAUUCCAUGGAUUGAGAAGUAUCGGCCCAAGAGCCUGGAUGAAAUAGUUGGAAACCAGGCAGUGAUCGAUGUGUUCAAGAUAUUCUCGCAGGACGAGAACAUGCCGCACAUAAUCAUCGCAGGAACUCCGGGGAUAGGAAAAACAACGGUGGCCAAUGCCUUGCUAAACCACAUCUUCAAAGACCGCCCAGAAACAAAGAAAGAGUCCGUGCUAGAGCUGAAUGCAUCUGAUGAAAGAGGAGUGGACGUGGUAAGAAUAAAGAUAAAGGGAUUCCUGCAGAAGAAGCUAACGAACGACAGAUUUCUUAUUCUUGAUGAGUCUGACUCAAUGACCACGCAGGCACAGCAGUCGAUGAGAAGAUUACUGGAAAAGCACCAAAGCGCAAAAUUCAUAUUUAUAUGCAACGACAUCACUAAGAUCUCUGACACAAUUCAGAGCAGAUGCGCUAUUCUUAGACUGUCCAAGCUCUCUACCUCGGACAUAGAGACAAUAAUCAAAAGAACAGCCGAAGCAGAAGGACUGAGCAUCAGCGAUAGAUCGGUCAGAAGCAUCGCAGAAACAGCGGAAGGUGAUGCUAGACAGGGGCUAAACCUGCUGCAGACAGUAGCAGCGAUUUCUAAGGACAUCGAUGUAGAGAUCGUCCAAAGAAUGAGCCACAUUCCCCCCAUAGAAACAAUCCAGAAAAUAUUCUCAAAAGAAGUCCGGCAGAAGGACGCCAUUUCUUUAUUGGAUGGACUGUUUGAAGACGGAUAUUCAUCUGAAGAUAUUUCCAAGAUAAUAUUUAAACUGGGAAAAGAUACGGGAGAAGUAGACCUACUCGACAGAGCAUCCAAUCUUCUGAUGAAGCUGUCCGACUCCUCAUCAAAGAUACACUUCUAUGCAGCAGUGAUGGGAUACAAAAAGAGAGCGUCAGUGUGUAGUUAG